AUGGGAACUCGCAAUUUCGAAGCCCUCUUCUUUACGCUGGACGUGGAGUCACCCGGUGGAGGGUACCGUAAUGAAAUAGACCACAUCAUCGUCAAUAAAAGGUUCUGCCUGACGGACGUCUGUUGUACCAAAGUUCUAUACGGGAUCGGACCAUCGCCUCCUCCGAGGAAGAUUUUCCUUCACAAGGAGAGCAGAGAAAGCCGCCAAGUUCGAGAGAGAAAUCCCAGGACUACCAUCAACUGGGAUCUCUUCGCUACGCUAAUCGGCUUUUGGGAAGAUUCUGCAAUGGACAACAUCGACGAGGAAUAUGACCGGCUUGUCGAACACCUUCACGACUGCGCAAAGAAGGCUGAACGUGGAGCAGCACGAGCCGCAGGGAACCAAGAACUCACGUCCGAGCUCGCAAGGCUUUGCCGAGAGGCGAUAAAGGAAAACCUUAAAGAGAGAAGAGCAGAAGUGCUGGCUGAAGCUGCAGAGGCGGGGAAAAGCAUCCGCUAUGCCCGUCGAGACUUCGCCAGUCGCAAGACGAGGAUGACUGCUCUCCGGAACCCAAAGGGAACAGCCAUAGCAUCGAGAAGGGGAUGGAGAAAAUCAUCUACGACUUCUACUCUAUCUCUUCGACAGCCAUGUCCACUUGCCUCCUCACCAUCUGAGGGAAGAUGGACAAGUCAUUCCAAGGUUCUCCCGUCGAAAUACGACAUGCUAUCAUGUCGCCUUCCGCCAGUACUCAUCAACACCCUGGCGAGGCUCUUUACACGUUAUCUGUCGGAAUGCAAGGUUCCUAAACAGUGGAAGACCAGCAAGACCGUGUUGUUGUAUAAAAAGGAGAUCCACAUGACAUCGGCAACUAUCGCCCAAUCUGCCUACUGUCCGUCAUCUACAAGCUCUUUACAAGACACGAUUGACCACAUUCACACUGUUUCGAAACUCAUCGAGGUAUCACGAGUACAAGAUGCCGCUCUGUCUCACCUUCAUCACUUAAAGAAGGCUUUCGACUCGACGAAAACAGUGGACGAUGAUGGAUCAUCGGAUGGGGAAUCGGAAUUGGAUGAGGAAGAGGAUAACACAUCCGAUGGUAUUGUGUUGUUCAUCGCCUUCAUCCUCUAUAUAGUCAUCGGUUCGAUAGCAAUAGCAGCAUACGAGCCGAAUAUGGAUAUGUUUGAGGCAAUUUACUUCAACUUCGUUACGCUCACUACCAUAGGUCUUGGCGAUUUGGUCCCUCAAAGUGAUACGUACCUGGUAAUCACACUUAUAUACUGUGCUGUUGGAUUAGCACUAACAACAAUAGCAAUUGAGAUAGCGGCCGAUACGCUUAAAAAGCUGCACUAUUUCGGACGAAAAGUGGAGAACGUCGCGAACGUCCAAGUAUGGUUCGGAGGAAAAAAAAUCUCAAUGAAAGCGCUUGUGAAAAAUCUCGGUGAUCAAUUCAAUGUGCCUCUUGACGAGUUGGAAACGCUUAAUUUGGAGCAAUUUGUGGAUAAUGCGAUCAAAGUGCAGGAAGGCGAAUUGGCAACCCUUCGGGUGGAUCGAGGCUGGAUGAACUCAAACUACUGGCGAGCGAUUGAGUCCGGCACUAUGCACUACGUUGAUGACGACGACUUAGAACGUAGUUGUGAAACGUCGGACAAACUUCUCACAUGGUGCUUUUACGUCCAUGCAUGUACUCCUUGA